AUGGACAAGCGAGGAUCGAGCUCUAGGUUUAGAUUUAAAUGAUCUUCGAGGUGUCGUUGAGGACGUUGUUUGCACAUUUGUAUGAGAAAUACAUCCCUUUCGAAUGAACUCGUCGCCAAAGAUCAGCCGCUUUCGAGGUUGAAGACGAGAGUCUAGAGCUGAGAGCAGACUUCCUCCUCGCGAGCUUUCGUACUAACUCGCGACCUACAGACAGAAAGGCGAAAGAAGAAACCAAAAGCGAGAGAAACGAAGGCAGAAAGAGGAGAAAGGAGAGAAGGCUGGAAAAUGGCAAACGGAUACGACGAUUGCUACGACGCGUCCUGGCAUCUGUUCCCUCCAGAUUACGUCGAGGAGGAGUACAG